AUGGCGGCUAAACUCGUCGUAGCUGUAGCACUCUUCGCCAUGUGCCAAUCAAGUCCUGUCCUUAUAAACGGAAUUCUAUACCGUGAUGGACGUGGCUUCUCUGUCGCCCAGGGCUAUAGUAGCAACUAUGGAGGCAUUAGUCAAGCUUCUGGCUCAGCGAGCAGUAGCGGUGGUUCUGCUCAAGCUUACGGUAGUGGGUCUACUGGAGCUCAAAUCGCCCGUAACGAUGGUUUCGCAGAAAUCUAUCCCGGCCAAGCUAUUGCUCAAGCACAAGUCUACGACGCUCCUGAAGUGCCCUCAUAUGGUUCUGCAAAAGCAGUAGCUGAGGUUCAAAAUGGAGCAACGUACUACCCCGUCCCUGCUCCAGCGACCGUUAUUACCUACGAGCAGAACUUUGAAGUACCCGCUGAAAUCAGUUAUGAAAUCCCCGCUCAAGGUCCAGUCUCGGCUCAUUCAUCAGCUGUCUUGAAUGGUAAUGCCGAUACAGCUAUAUCUUCUGCAAUCACUAACGGAGCUGGUUCGGCUCAAUCCUCAUCUCAGACACAGAGAGGUAUUGGCAGCUACGGACUCACAUCAUCUAACGCCAAGACCUUCGGUUCGGGAUAUGGAUCCGCUUCAUCAAAUGCUAACAAUGGAUAUGGAUCAGCUGUAACCGCUGCCCGAACUCAAGGAAGUGGUUCGGCUUUAUCUACAGCUCAAACUCAAUCUAACGGUGGAUAUGGCUCUGCCUCUUCCUCAGCAACUAACGGACAACCUGAACCUACGAUUGUAGUUGCCAAGACCCAGAAUUACGGUGCCAACUAUGGUUCUGCUAACGCUAAUGCCAAUGUGAACGGCGAAUACGGCAGCGCCAUCUCAUCUGCUAAGACUUCCAAUAAGAAGGGCAUAAGCUGGCGUUUUGGAACCCUUUACGAUAAUCCCUCUGGAUCUGCCAAUGCACAAGCCAACACUCAAUCUGGAUUUGGCGCUGUCAAAUCUACUGCUCAAACAUAUAACAAUGGUUUUCCUCAGGCUGGAUAUGGUUCCGCCAACGCUAAUGCGGACGUAAACGGUGCGGGCGCGGGCUCUGCCAAGUCUGCUGCUAAUACUAUGGGUGGAUACGGAUCUGCUAGCUCAUCAGCCAACCUUGGUGCUGGUUACGGUGCAGCUAAGUCGGCUGCCAAUACCCAAGGAUCAGUAUACGGCGGUUCAAGAACCGCAGCUGACGCUCAAAGCUCUGGAUUUGGCACCGCCUCUUCUUCUGCAAAGACCCAAGGUUUGACUACUGGCUACAGAAUCGCCAACUCCGCCGCCAAUACAUCGGGUUUCGGUUCCGCUCACGCCAAAGCACAGAGUUCGUAA